AUGAAUACUUAUGACGAGGAAGAGCCUGAUCCAUGGAGAUCAGGGCCAACAACUAACGCAUGGUCAACAACGAACCCUACUAUUACGUCAAACAAUACAGACAGACCUGAUGAUUCUACUAGUACAAGGAUAGCUAGCGAUCUGACAAAGGUAUCGUUAAUAGAUAGAGCUAGGUCAGACUUAUUCAAUUCAUCUGCCGACGUCUUAGAAGAAAGCAUUUGGAAUGAAACCCUUGCAACUCAAUCGAAUGACAGCACUACUAUUAGUGCGGAAGCUACCACUACCAACCAAACAUUUAUACCUGAGAAUAUAUUAAACCAAGAUACUAAUAAGCAUAUAGGCAAUUCUAUGGAAGAUACGAAUAAUGUUGAAGAAGCCUUGAAUGAUUGGUGUGAUAAGAUUCGGAAAACUUACAAACCUUUAGAUUAUGAUAUAAUUGCUAUUGAAGAAAUCCCUGAACGAGAAGGUUUAUUAUUCAAGCAUGCAAAUUACUCUGUCAAACAUUUGGUUGAUCUUCCUCACGUAGACUCUCCUAAGGAUAAAAGUGUGAUAAGAAGAUAUUCGGAUUUCGUUUGGUUACAAGAAAUACUACUGAGAAGAUAUCCGUUUAGGAUGGUACCUGAAUUACCACCAAAGAGAAUUGGAUCUCAAAAUGCAGAUCCAGUCUUCUUACUGAAAAGGAAGAAUGGAUUGAGAAGAUUUAUUAAUCUAGUUAUGAAACAUCCUGUUUUUAAAAACGAUGAUUUAGUGCUGACAUUUUUAACAGCUCCAACUGAUCUUUCCAGCUGGAGAAAACAAGCAACUUAUGAUACAUCAGAUGAAUUUACAGAUCGGAAAAUUAGUGUUGAAUUUAGAAAGAUGUGGCAAAAGGAUAUUUCACAACAGUGGAAUAAAGCAACUUCUUCAAUUGAUCAAUCUAUUGAAAUUUGGUCAAGAAUAUGUAUUCUUGUUGAAAGACAUUCAAAAAAAUUAAAUCAAAUUGCACAUGAGGACUCCAUUUUUAAUUCAUUAAUUAAAGAUUUCACCAAUUUCGCUCCGAAAUUAUAUCCAAUCCAACAAAGUGAUACUAUCCUAGACAUUAAUAACCAUUUCAGUAUUAUUUCAACACAUCUAGAAAAGAAGAACGAAAUAACUCUUCAAACAAUUAAAGACUUUUCAGACCAAUUGAUUCCUAAAUUUAAAAUAUAUACAGACGUUUUAUUAUCUCUAAGAGGACUUUUUGAAAGAUAUCGUAUUAUGGCAACUAACACGAUUCCUCAGCUACAAAGACAUGUUCAAUUAAAUCUUGAGAAAUUAGAAUCUAUGAAAGGUAAACCUGAAGUUAGUGGCACAGAAUAUGAUAAGAUCAAAGCAUCUAUUAAGAGAGAUAGAAAAAGUAUAGGGGAACAAUUGAAUAGAACAUGGUUAAUAAGAGAAUGUAUUUUACAAGAAUUUACUAUUUUCCAAGAAACUCAAUUCAUGAUAACGAGAGCAUUUCAAGAAUGGAUGAAGUUGAAUUCUACUUAUAAUGGAUUGAUCCUAAAUGAAUGGGAGAAGUUGGGUAAUCAAACAAUCGAUAUGCCAAGUUCUCGGAAAUAA